AUGUCAAUAACUGUUUCAACUUGUUAACAGAUAUGUGGUUCACCAUUGAAUAAUAGUUCAGCUAAAAACUUGUGGACAUUUUCAAAAUCAGAUAGAUUUGGUAAUUUGGCAAAUCCUGUUAAGUAUUGGAUGUUGAAUAAAAAUUAGUUGUGGGAAGGCUUUUUAUGAUUUACCAACAUAAAUAGAGAAGCGAUCAGCUGGAAUAGGUAAAGGAACAAAGUAAAAAGAUUGAAAUAUAUAGAACUGAUUUUACAAAAGUAUCAUUUACAACUCCAUCUCCAUAAUAAUAUAAUAUAGCGAGUGAUGUGGAGAUAAAUUAGAAGAAGGCUAAAGGAAAUAAAUUUGGUAUGAGCAGAGAGAAGAUGGCAAGUACAGGAAUAUUAGGGAAUUUAAAUUCAAAGACUCCAGGUAGAUUAAUAUAAAUACAUUAAUAUAAUAAUAGCUCCUGGAACAUAUGAUUUAGGUUCAACAUUAAGUGAUAUACGUUAUACAAUGAGAUAGAGACCAAAGACUAAUUUUAUGGUGUUAACUGGUAAAGAAAUCCCAGGUCCAGGAACUUAUGAAUCUUUACCUGCAGUAAAUCCAGUAGGUAAAUAUCCAAUAUCAAAAUAUAACAAUUCUUGUGCUACAUUAUUCAAUCCUAAGAAUUCUAAAAGAUUUGUUAAAGACUUUUGUAACAAUCUCUUUUCUUAAUUAGAUUAGCUACUAAUUUAUAUGCACCUGGACCUGGAACUUAUCCAGUAGAUAAAACAGGUAUUUAAAAGGAUGGACAUUAUUUCAUUUCUAAAUUCCACUCUUCUAAUGUAAGAAGUUUUCCAAAAGAAUCAAGAAGAACAGGAUCUGUUGGAAAAGGUAAUAUUAUUAUAUAUAUCUAUAUUUUCUAUUAGCUGGAACACCUGCUCCAGGCAGUUAUAGAUUACCAUCUGAAUUUGGAUAUUAUGAAUCAAGAAAUAGAGCUAAUAGAAGUGCAGGAGAUUUAGGAGAAACUAAACCUUAAUAAUGA